UGCAAUUUAUAUAAAUUGAUUUUAUGCUAAAUAAUGAUUGUUUUUUUUUUAAUUUUAGGGCUAUACCGAAGAUAUAUUUGUCCAAACCAAUGUGGUCAUAGUUAUACAAGAAAAGAUAACCUAACGAGACAUAUGAAAACAAAAUGCGGUAUUUUGAAAUUAUUUUUGUGUGAGAUUUGUAUGAAAUCUUAUGCUCAACGUGAUGCACUUGAAAAUCAUUUAAAACUAGUACACAAAUGUAAUUUAGAAUCAUCAAUUGAUAAUAUAUACAUGAUUAAUAUUAAUGCCAACUUUCGAUCGGUUCUAUUGCCCACGUGGAUGUGGCCGAAGUUAUAAAAGAAAAGAUCACUGUUGGCGACAUAUUAAGUAUGAGUGUGGAGUACCAAGACAAUUCAAAUGCCUAUAUUGUUCAAGGAGUUUUGCUCAUAAUAGUGCUUUAAAAAAACAUGUAUUAGUUGUUCAUAAAAUCAUAAACAAAGAUUCAGGAAAUCGACGAUCACGUAAAUCAGAAUAAACCUUGCCUGCUUAAAUUUGUUCAAACAAUUAUUUUAUUUGUAACAUCUAAAUACUGUUGUUUUAUAUGAUGUGAAAAAAUAUUUAAGUUACAUAUAAUAUUUUAUACAGUAUAUYCAAUAUACCAAAUUCUUCUAGUACUAAAAUUUUGUAUGCUAUUUAUAGGAUCUAUUUUGUAGAAAGUUGAUAUUUAUAUCUACCAAAAAACCAUUUACUAUUUGACGGUAUCCGAUAUUUAGAAUUGUUUGUUUGGAGAAGUUUCACUGUGUAAAAUAAUA